AUGGAUGUCACGGUCACUUUCAAUGAGCUCCUGCGGGAACGAAAUGCGCCGGAAACAAGAAAACGUGUCACAUUGGAUGCUAUCGAUGGUUUCUUAAAGGAGGCAUAUAGGAUUAAUUCGCAUAUUACCAGCCUGCAUCGAGAGCUUCAAGAUGUUCGACAAGCUUAUUUAUCGACUGCGCAGCCACGAAAAACACAUAAUCGAGUCGCAAAAGAACAAGCUCGUGUGCUUACGGAUCGAGACCGAGAAGAAGUUGACGCCAAUGCGAAGCAGAUGAUUCGGGAGUUGAAUGCUGGCAUUCGUGCUCUCGAUGAGGCUGAACAGUUACGGCGUGAAACUGAAUCAGCUAUAAUCCGAAAGAAAUUUGGAGGCCUAGGAGCUUUUGGGGCAUGGGCAUCAGGUGGCAUUAUUAGCAGUAAAACAGAGGAGCAUGCAGAAGCCGAAGCCAAGGCACGAGAUUUGGGAAUUCAUCGAGAUAGCAUUCUCUGGUUUUUACGGCAACGACUCGAGCUAUGCUGUCGAACGCAACAAGAAAUGAUGGAAACACGUCUCAAGCGUGAGUUGGAGAAGAACCGCAGCAUGCUUUCAAGAUCAGGCGCCACCAUUGCUGGAGAUUUCGCGGAAUUUCCUCCAUCUGCCCGACGAAACUCCCAACCAGCCCCUGCUGCACCGAUCCCUAUGUCCGAAGACGGUCAGUUCCCGAGCCAGGGGUUGACAGAGGAACAGAUCCAGAUGUUUGAGCAAGGGAACCAAGACAUGAUGAAGCAUUUCGAGAAUAGUUUGGACAAAGUCAGAACUGCUGAGAAGUCGUUACUAGAAAUAGCUGAGCUGCAGUCACUUCUCGUCAACAACCUUGCCACGCAGUCAGCGCAUAUAGAUCAACUCGUAGCAGACUCGUUUGCAACCACGGAAAACGUGGGCGGUGGUAACAAGGAAUUAAAAAAGGCGACACAGCGAGCAAGUCCAGCAAAGUAUACAUUCUUUGCGGCAAGUGGGCUCUGCGCUUUCCUUGUGCUUUGGGAUCUGGUAUUUUGA